AUGUCGAAUUUAUCUGAUAGGCCAUGGACCGAAGAGGACAAGUACACGCUGCUUACCGAGAUCCUCAAGAAAGCUGGAUUUCCCUCUAGUUAUCUAGUCCGCAUGAUCAAAGACUAUGGGAUCACUCCCAAUUGGGAGCAUAUUCCUCUCCCACAAGGCCGUUCACUCAGCUCGUGCAAAACAGCCUAUCACAAUAUGGUCCAGCAACCUACGCAUCCUCCAACACAUCCAGUGGCUCCGUCUCCAUUUCCGCCGCGAUUCGAUAUGACCGGUCCGCCAGCCCCAAUGGACCCCAGCACUCUACGUAAGCGGCCGUUAUGCCCGUCCGACAAACCAUUACCUCGCGCCAUUCAGCCUCGGCCACCCGCAAGCACCGCCUCGUAUAGCAGCGAAAGCGGCGCAUCAGCUCAGCUCUCCCCGAGACUGGAUCCCGGCACCGGCGAACCACCCCGCAAACGAGGACGCCCAAGCAAAGCAGAGACGGAGCGGCGCAAGCUCUUGGCCGAGGCUCGUGGGGAGACUUAUCCUGCACCCCGACGGUCAGGGUCUGGCAGACGCAAGAUUCCUCCUUCACCGACCAGUCCCGCGCCAGGCCCAUCGAUGACAUCGUUCCCACAGGCGCCUCAAGCCUUCCAUGGACCCAGACCAGGUUCAGUGGUCUACGACACGUCAUCUAUGCGCUCAGCGAUUCCGCCCCCAGGUCCUGCUCCCGCUCCAACAUCAAAUGAUGAGCGUCGCGAUAUGCCACAACGCAUGAGCGCCAAUUUGCGCGAGUUACCGCGACCAACAGAGAUGGGCCAUCCCCUCCCUUCGCCACAUACGUUGCAAUUAGGGCCCCCAGAUGCCUUUCCCCGGCUCAGCAACCCAGCAGAACGACCCUACGGCUUUCCGCCUGCAGAUCGGUUCUCCCCGCCGGACAGUGGUCGCCGCGACUCGGUUAAUAGUCGACCUGACCAGCCACCAGGGCCAUACCCAGAACGAAUGAGCUCGGCACCAGCCGAGAAACUUCCACGAUGA